CCGCUUCUCCAAAGUUCAAAAACUCCCUCUACACAAAACCCACUCACUGGUCCUCCCUCUGAUCUUCGAAUUUCAAAUCAACCAACGCCUGCGCCGUCUCAAUUUCCGAUUGGAUCCGCUGCUUCGAAUCUCUUCACAUGGAAGAGGCCGUUAAGAGAAACGGCAUUCAAGUCAGACGGCUCAGCCUCAUCGACGUGUCGUCCGAGGACGAUUCCCUCAUCACCAGUGACUCCCUCGACCACCCAUCUUCAGAAAAUCAGGAACACAGAAAUGUUGAGCUGUCGGAGGCUGUGGAUUCUAACAUAUUAGAGGACGAGGACACAGCUGGGACUCUUGAACAUAGGGAACAUGUGCCUCAACCGUCUGAAUCAGUGGAACCAGAAGUGACUAGAAAAAAUGCCAAAUAUAACUUGCGCAAAAGUUUAGCAUGGGAUAGCGCUUUCUUCACAAGCGCAGGCGUUCUCGAACCGGAUGAGCUGUCUAGCAUUAUUGAGGGAGUCGAAAAGGGUGAAAAACAUACGUUACCCGGGAUUCAAGAGGAGGUUCACAGAUCUGCUGAUUCGAUUUCUACGUUGGAAAGCGACUGCUUGACAUUAGAAAGUCUUGAGGGCGAUUUGUUUGGAGAUGUAAGAGCUUCAAUCCAGAAAUCCAGUAAAGUGUCCAGUGCGGCAAAUGCAAGAAGCAACACGGGAUCAGGAGUGACAGAAACCCAAAGUGUUGUUUCUUCAAAGAAGGUGGACCUUGCAUCUCGAAGUAAGAUUAAGCCCAAACCAGCUUCCAUCAAGCCACAUGUAGGCUUGCAAGGACCAGGGAGAAUGACUAAGCAAGUUUCUGCUUGUCCGCAAGUAUCUCAGAUGAAGUCAUUUGCUACGAGAGGAGAGCCUACACCAUCUCUUGCAAAGCGACCAAAGGUACUAUUCAAGGACAGACCCAGCUCAACAACUUUAAGCAAGAGGGCUUCUAUUAGUGACAAGCAUGUCAAGAUGGGAAAGGAUAAUGGAUCAAAUGCAAGUGGUAAAGGGGCUCCAUUGUCGAGAAUACCUGCUUCAGGCGGUUCACGGAAUAUUGUUCCUAGGCCUGCAGCAUCAUCUAAAUCCUCUUCUUUGGGUUCAUCAGCUGCAUCCAAGACACAACCAACAAUUUCUUCCUCAAUUGAUAGUUCUGGCAGUGCUUCUUCUGACAAUGUUAGUAAAUCUCUGCUCAAUUCCACGAAAAGAAAAAUUGAGUCCAGAACUGGUCAACCACCUUCAUUUGGUGCAACCUGCAAAACACCAUCAAGAACUGCUUCAAGAAAUAAAGCUGAGUCUGGCGGUUCUUAUCUCUCGACUUAUUUGAUGUCUGUGUCCAAGCUCACCCCUAGUACAUCACCUGCUAGCUCUAUCAGUGAAUGGUCCUCAGAAUCAUUAUCAUCAAGUUCUACUGUUAAACAAAGAUCUAAUAGUUCAAGAGCUAGCCUUGACACAACUUCUUGCCAAGGGGUCUCUGUAGACAGCGAUGCACCUCAUGUUUUGGAUUCUCAGAAACAUUGUAAUGAGCAAGAAUCAGUUAGGCAUGAAACUCAGUUAACUGGAUUGCUUGGUCAAUGUGUAAAGAAAGCUUCAACAGGAACUGGUACACUUCCUCAUCCAGCAUCUAUGAGACCUUCAGGCCUUCGGUUGCCAUCACCUAAAAUUGGCUUCUUUGAUGGGGUGAAAUCGGCAGGCCGCACUCCACCAGGAAGUAUACUAACUCAUCCUGUGGUACCCAGUGGCUUGCCUAAAAUUGGAGCAGGAAACGUUACCCCAAGUGUAGGCAAGGCAAAAAUUGGAAAGCUUCAACCUGCCAGAACUCCAAUGGCAACCAGGAGUGUAAAACCUGAUCCUCAGGAAACUUCCUUGAAUAUGAAACCUAGAUCUCUUACACCUCUUCAAGAAUCAUCAUUUUCUGCAAUCAGAGGUUCUACUGCAUCAAGGAGUGCCAAGAGAUGCCCUGGCAUAUCUCCCAAAGUCCAAAACAGUUUGUGUCCAAAAACUGGUGGAGAAAGUCAUUUGAAAACUGAGGAAAUUGAAGCUGAAGAAUGUGAUAUUGGUACUUGUGAUUCAGAUGUUGGCAUUGCUGAAAAGAGUAGCAUCUUUGAUGUUUUGAAGGAUAAAGUGAAUUCAGAAGCUAAGGGCAGUACACAUGUAACAGAUAUGAAGGUCACUCCUAUUAAUGGCGGGCUUAAUUCUAGUGAUUCAGGUUCCACUUUUUAUGUUGAAAAUGUAACUCUAUGUCCAAAAGUGGGUGAAGAUGCAAUAUAUGUCCAACAUAAUAUCGAGAAUGAUUUGAAUUUAAUUAAUAGCACUAUUGAGAAGGAAGAGUUCAAGUUUGAAGAUCAAGUUAAUGGUUUGAGCAGACAAGUUGGAGCAAUGGAUAUAAAUAAGGAGAGUCAGAACAAGCUCAUUAGUGAUUCUCUUUCUCUUUCUCAGUUAAAUGUUAGCAGCGAAGAUGAUUCUGGUGCUCUGGAGUUAUCCUGUCAAAAAAGGGAGCUUCAUGAUUGUUCUCAACAGGGUGGAAAUUUCAAAUGUUUCUCAAAACCUCCUCCCUCUCUUUCUCCAACCACCUUCGAAAUGACGUCUAGCACGAGGACACCUUUUUCUGUCAAGGAUUCCUUUUGUAAUAUGGAUGGAUCUUUUGAUGUUUCAACAGGGUCGAUGGUGGUAGAAGUAGAGAAGACAGCCACCUUGACUUCUCUAGAAAGCAGUCUGAAAGAGAACAUCUGAGAUAGUGUAACAGCAUAGCAGUAAAUUUUCUUCAAGGGAUUGCCGUGCCUGAAGACAAUAUUGUUUCAGAUUUAAAACUCUCUGGGUGGCUGAAAUCAAUAUAUGAUGUCUUAUAGGACCUUCCAAUUGCAUUGGCCCCUGUCAGCAUUGUAAAUUGUAUGUCUAGUGCAUAUUCAGCCACGAGUUAAAAGAUGGUGGUGCAUGCUUUUGGGGGAAGAAAUAAAGUGUUCAUGCGUGUGUAAUUUAAGCUUAUGCCAUGUUAAUUUAUUAAUAGUUUAUCUGUUGUA